AGGAGAAGCCAUGGAGUGCCUCUGAAAGAGACAUGGAGCUAGGAGAUCACCCAUGUGAAGGAGACUGGUGCCUUUGAGAAGGAAGGGUGCCCCUCGGCCCUUAAAGAUGGUAGAUAUAAACCAACCACUUCCAAGAGCUUUCAUAAUUUCUGUUUUUUUUACCAAGAACUUCUGACAACCAGGCACUUAAAUUUAAAGCUUGAAUGCUACUGAACAACUGCAAAGACCAUACUCCUUUUAAAACCCUCACCAUCCUCCCCUUCUGCAUCCCCAACUUGCCUUCAUUGCUCUUCCACUUCUUCUGUUCAACACUAGGAGCUCCUUCUUCAACAAUGAUGAGGGCCAACCUAACCAUCUUACUGUACUUUCUUUUCUUGGCCCUCUUCAGGUCAGGUUCUUCACAAACCUUAGUGCCUGCAAUUAUAACAUUUGGGGACUCGGCAGUGGAUGUUGGCAACAAUAACUAUCUUUUCACCUUAUUCAAGGCCGAUUUCCCCCCCUAUGGAAGGGACUUUGUGAAGCAUCAGGCCACUGGCAGGUUCUGCAAUGGAAAACUGGCAACAGAUUUCACUGCUGAGAACUUGGGCUUCACUAGCUUUCCACUGGCAUAUCUGAACCCUCAAGCUACAGGGAAGAAGCUGCUCCUUGGGGCCAACUUUGCAUCUGCUGCUUCUGGGUACUAUGAUGCUACUGCUUUACUAUCUAAAGCCAUACCCUUAUCACAGCAACUGGAGUACUACAAGGAAUACCAAUCAAAGCUAGCGGACGUAGCAGGCCAGGAGAAUGCCACAUCCAUUCUUUCCGAAGCAGUCUAUAUAUUGAGUGCUGGCAGCAGUGACUUUGUCCAAAACUACUAUGUCAAUCCUCUCCUUAACAAAGUCUACACUCCAGAUGCGUACUCAGACUUCCUGGUUGAUAUCUUCAGUAAAUUCGUGCAGAAUCUAUAUGAAUUGGGAGCAAGGAGAAUUGGGGUCACAUCUCUGCCGCCGUUGGGAUGCCUCCCUGCCGCCAUCACCCUCUUUGGUUUUGGCGACAAUGGCUGUGUGACAAGGAUCAACGACGAUGCCAAAAGUUUCAACAAGAAGGUGACCUCGGCAGCACAGUCACUGCAGAAGGAACUGAGUGGCCUUAAGCUUGUGAUCUUUGACAUCUACACGCCUUUCUAUGACCUUGUCCAGAAUCCCGUUAAAAAUGGGUUUUUUGAAACAAGAAAGGGAUGCUGUGGAACGGGAGUUGUGGAGACUGGAAUCUUGUGCAAUCCAAAGUCUAUUGGAACAUGCUCCAAUGCCAGUGAGUAUGUAUUCUGGGAUUCAGUUCACCCAACACAAGCAGCAAACCAGAAGCUAGCCGAUGCCCUCUUGCUCCAAGGCAUUUCCCUCAUUGGAUGAGAAAUCUGCGCAGUCCUGUUUCUCUUCAAACAAAAUGAGAAAGAAGAGACCUCCCUGUUGCACCAAUAGAUUCUGCUAUAAGAACCCUCCUUGCUGCUGCUUGCUGUUUCUUCUUAUGAGUGUUGCUAUAUGUGUGUUUGAGUGCUGAAGAAAUAAAAACUUUUGGCAUAUUGGUGCAGAGUUUAUAUGGUGUUUCAGUUACCAAAUGAAAUUGUAAUAUUAGUUUGUUUUAGAUAUUUCAGCUCUUAUAUAAAUGUUGUUGAUGCCUGAGAAUCGUA